AUUCAAUUCAGUGGACCGGCGGCCAAAUUCAAUGCUGCCCUUUGAUGACGUGCUGCACGGUAGCAAGCUACAAGAACUAUGAAGAGGGGUUCGUCGCUCGCGUUGUUGUAGCGGGAGCUACUAUUACGAAACUUUACGGUAUCGUAAUAUUGCCCGUCCGUCCGCAACCUCCACGCCUGCCAAUCAAUCACAGCAAAUGUCCCUUUAACGAGCAAAACGCAGGCGCCCUCAGAUCAAUCAAUAUGCUCUCCGGCAUCCUAAUCUUCAACCAUAAGGGCGAGAAUCUCAUCUACCGCGCCUUUCGCAACGACUGCCGCCCGCGUCUCGCAGACGUAUUCCGCAUCCAGGUCAUCUCCAACCCGCAGGUUCGCUCACCCAUUCUAACGCUGGGAUCGACGACGUUCAGCCAUGUCAAGCAUGAGAAUAUAUACCUGGUUGCGGUGACAAAGAGCAAUGUGAAUGCGGCGCUGGUGUUUGAGUUUCUGUAUCGGUUUGUGUUGUUGGGGAAGGGGUAUUUUGGGAAGUUCGAUGAGGAGGCCGUGAAGAAUAAUUUCGUGCUUGUUUAUGAGCUGUUGGAUGAGAUACUUGACUUUGGAUACCCCCAGAACACCGAAACGGAUACCCUUAAAAUGUACAUUACGACAGAGGGCGUCAAAUCAGCCAUUGCAAACUCGCCCUCGGAUUCUAGCAAAAUUACUAUGCAAGCUACGGGAGCCCUGUCGUGGCGCCGAUCGGAUAUCAAAUACAGGAAGAACGAGGCAUUUGUCGACGUUAUUGAGGAUGUCAACUUGCUCAUGUCGGCUACCGGGACCGUCCUGCGUGCUGACGUAAAUGGCCAGAUCGUUAUGCGAGCGUAUCUAUCCGGUACGCCGGAGUGUAAAUUUGGCCUGAAUGACAAGUUACUUCUCGACAACAAUGAUGGCGCCGGAAGAUCGGAUGGCAGAACGAAAGCAACACGCGCGGCAGCAGGCAGCGUUACGCUGGAGGACUGCCAGUUCCACCAGUGCGUGAAACUUGGUCGUUUCGACGCUGACCGUAUCAUCUCCUUCGUUCCCCCUGACGGGGAAUUUGAGCUGAUGCGCUACCGGGCAACGGAAAACGUGAACCUGCCAUUUAAGAUUCACCCGAUCGUGCGUGAGAUUGGCACUACUAAGGUCGAAUACAGCAUUGCCAUCAAGGCCAACUUCAGCUCGAAGCUGUUCGCGACUAACGUCAUCGUUCGCAUCCCUACCCCGCUCAAUGCGGCCAAGAUCAUAGAACGGACGAGUCAGGGACGCGCGAAAUAUGAACCAGAGCAGAAUAAUAUUGUCUGGAAGAUUACACGAUUCUCGGGCCAGAGCGAGUGUAUACUCACCGCAGACGCGACGUUGACGAGUAUGACACAGCAGAAGGCAUGGAGUCGGCCGCCGCUCAGUCUUGAGUUUAGUCUGCUUAUGUUCACGAGUAGCGGGCUGUUGGUGAGGUACCUGAAGGUGUUUGAGAAGAAUAAUUAUAGUAGUGUUAAAUGGGUAAGGUACAUGACUAGGGCGGGAAGUUAUGAGAUCAGGUUUUAAAUGCGAGUCACCCACCAUCUUCCCCUCGCCUUACAGACCGAGGUUGGAUAUGUUCGUACUCCUCAUCCCUCCACGCGUUUCAUUCUGCAUCGUGCAUACAUACAUACGUAUAGCAUAUAUAUAUCUGUACUCUGAAACCUCUUUGGCCGUUUCUUUUCCUGUAAUUGUUCCAUGACUGGCGUUGUUGGGAGGGCGUUGGGAUUUUCUUCUUCCUUGUUGUUGCUGCCUUCGCUUUUUUGCUUCGCUGAUACUAUACUUCCUUUAGUUAGCGUAAGCUGUGCAGUUGGAGAUUCGAUAUUCAUCAUUUGAGUUUCUAUUGUCCUCAAGUUAUCCAAAGAUUAGCGAUUCUCCUAAAGGUAGUGUAGUGGGUAUGUACCCAUCAAUGGCACAGCGAGCAUACCCAGCCUUUGGUUCUCACAUUGAUAAAUGAAUAUUCUGUACCAUUCGAACAUAAUCAGUGAGGGCUUUUUCAUACGCUGGGGUGAUUUCAAUUGCAGAACAGGAUUUUGAGGCUAAAAAUAGAAUACUCACGUGAUAAAAUGGCCCUGAGCCUCAUCUCUAUUUAGACUUCAGCGAUCUCCCUCGGGCGAGAUAUCAGCAACUAAAUGUCCUUAAUCCACCACUAUCAUGCGGCAUUUCCACUUGGAUGGAGUACCUCCUGGCUAACUGGUCACAAUGCUCCUGGAUCUGCCGCUGGAGAUUUUUAAUCAGAUCAUCAGCGAGGUAUACCGUAUAACUACUACCGGCAGAAAGGGGUAAUUGAGUUCAGAGCAUAAUUUCGUAGAUAAACCAUCUUCGUACCCUGAAAAAUCUGCCUCAAGUUUCAAAAGCACUGCACAGAUAUUUGCUUGCUUACUUAUAUCGUGAUUUCAAAAUCUCCAUUAAGGACAAUGAUCUCACUCAAUUCCACAUACCGCCCUCGUGAAAGAAAUGGAACUAGGGACAUUGUGAACUGCCUUAGCUUCGUACAGAAUAUAGAACUUAGUUCAGCUGUUUGUUUAUCGGGACAUAUCUGUGUUGAGAAGCUCUUACCGCACUUUCGGGCUCAGGGAGUGUCAUGCAACCAGAUAACAGCCGAAGAACAUGACAAUACUGUAGAAUUAAUCGGGAAGAAAGUGUCAUCUGUAUUUCUUUAUAUCCCAAAAGACUCUCUACAAAGCUUC